AUGAAAGGAAAAUAUGUACAGAAAUUGUCCAGAUAUAGAAUAAAACUAUUGGUGAUAGCAUUAUUAGCAUUAAUUGUAUUUGGGUCCUUGAUUACAACUAGUCUUAAUUCUUAUAACAUUAAUGACAUUAAUGAUGAUGAUUUACUUUCAUCAAAUUCACAAUUAUCUGAAUAUCAUAAUCAUUUAAUAGAUGAUCCUAAAAAUAAACCUACUAUCAUACCGACAGAUUCAGAUCAAGAAUCAAAAGAAUUGAAAGAGAGUAAAAAACAUCUAUUUUGGAAUACUAUAUUUGAAAUAUUUGAUUCAAACAAGAUUGAUGAUUCAAUUGGAACUCUUAUUGAGAUAACUGAUAAAUCAGAACAUUUGGAAGGUCCAAAAACCAAAAAAGCCUUAUUAUCAAGAGCCAAGAUGUCUGAUGAAGUUGUUGCAGAAUUAAAGAGAAAACAUAAGAGAGUAGUUGAAAGUUUACCAAAUUCCAUACCAAAUGUAAUGUACAAAAAAGAUACUACUGGUGCCGUUUUCAUUGGUGGAGCUAGAUUUUCGUGGCUUACUUACCUUGCCAUAUUAUCAUUAAGAGAAACAGGUUCGAAAUUACCAAUUGAAGUUAUCAUGCCAAUAAGAGAUGAUUAUGAGAAAGAAAAAGAAUAUUGUGAUGUAUUACUUCCGGAAUUAGGAGCUAGGUGUGUAAUUGUCCCAGACGAAUUAGGAGAAACGACUGUUAAAGGUAGAAAAUUAUUUGCUUAUCAAUUUAAAUCAAUAGCUUUAGCAAUUUCAUCAUUUCAAAAUAUUCUAUUGUUAGACUCCGAUAAUAUGUUAGUCUCAAAUCCUGACGUUGUAUUCCAAAGUAGACUUUAUCAAAGAUAUGGUAUGAUAACUUGGCCUGAUUAUUGGAAAAGAACUAUUUAUCCAAAAUAUUAUGAUAUUGCAGAUAUUCAAGUUAAUGAUCAUAAAAGACUUAGAUACGAUAGAUUCCCAUUAUAUGAACCAAUCAAUUCACAUGGAGCAUUGAACGUCAAGUCUGAAGACGAAGUACCUUUCCACGAUUUGGAACAUGCCGUGCCAGAUUUAUCAACUGAAUCAGGUCAAUUAAUGAUAAAUAAAGCUACUCAUGGAAGAACAAUUUUAUUAUCAUUAUACUAUAACAUUUAUGGACCUGACAUUUUUUAUAAAUUAUUUUCACUUGGUGAACAAGGAGAAGGUGAUAAAGAUACUUUUGUAACAGCUGCGACAGUUAACCAACAAUCGUACUACCAAGUUAAAUCAUUUAUUAAAUCACCAGGUUAUUUUGACAAAGAUGGUAAAUUCCAAGGUGUUGCAAUGGCUCAAAAGAAUCCACUAGUUGAUGAACAAUUAUUCAAUGACAUAAUAGUUGAUUAUUUUGAAAAACUUGGUAGAACCAUGAGUGUAGCAGAUCAAAUCAAAAGGCUUGAUGCCCUAGCUCAAGAUGAUUUCAAUAGUCAUAAUGGGGUACCAAUAUUUGCAUUACAUUGUAAUCAUCCUAAAUUAGAUCCAUUGGAUUAUAUGACAAAAGAAAAUAUUUAUGAUUCAACAGAAAACAAAUUGAAAUAUAGAUUAUAUGAUAAAUUACAUUAUGAUAAAAUAAUAAAAAGCGACACGGGUCAAGAAAAAAUAAUAAAAACUGACUUUGAGUUUGAACAAUGGCUACAUAUGAAGGAUGUACUUUGUUUAAAGAAGCUACAAUUUGAACAUUUCAAAAAGAGUGAUAUUGAUCGAGUAUGCGAAUUUAUUAAUAAUCAAGUCGAAUGGUUACAACCACAAAUAUAA